UAUAUAUACCAACCCAACAUCACUUAUUUUCUUCAUAAACCUUCUGCCUCAGAAAAGGACAUAUAUAGAGAGAGAAAGAGAGAAAUGGAAGUCAUGCGAAUUCUCCACAUGAACAGGGGAAACGGUGAAACAAGUUAUGCCAAAAACUCUACAGCUCAGAGCAACAUAAUAUCUCUAGGCAGAAGAGUAUUGGACGAGACCUUGAAGAAGCUAAUGAUGAGCAGUUCUGAAAUUUCGAGUUUUGGGAUUGCCGACUUAGGCUGCUCCACAGGUCCCAACAGUCUAUUGUCCAUCUCCAAUAUCGUAGACACAAUCCAAAAUUUGUGUCCUGACCUCCACCGUCCUGUCCCUGAGCUAAGAGUCUCUCUCAACGACCUUCCUAGCAAUGACUUCAACUACAUCUUUGCUUCUUUGCCAGAGUUUUACGACCGGCUUAAGAAGAGAGAAAAUAGCAAUAAGGCGGCUUUAGGUUUUCAGCACGGAGGAGGAGGAGGACCGUGUUUUUUGUCGGCGGUUCCUGGAUCUUUCUACGGACGUUUGUUUCCUUGCAGGAGCCUUCACUUUGUUCAUUCUUCUUCUAGUUUACACUGGUUGUCUCAGGUUCCAUGCGGUGAAGUGAACAACGAAGAUGGGGUGGUCACAACAGCUAAUCUAGACAACAUGGGGAAGAUAUACAUAUCGAAAACAAGUCCUGAGAGUGCACAAAAGGCCUACGCUCUUCAAUUCCAAACCGAUUUCUCGGCGUUUCUGAGAUCGCGAUCCGAGGAGUUGGUUCCUGGAGGCAGAAUGGUUUUAUCGUUCCUCGGUAGAAGCUCACCGGAUCCUACGGUCGAAGAAGCUUGCUUUCAGUGGGAGCUCCUAGCUCAAGCGCUUAUGUCCAUGGCCAAUGAGGGUAUCAUCGAAGAAGAGAAUAUCGAUGCUUUUAACGCUCCUUACUAUGCUGCGAGCUCCGAAGAGUUGAAAAUGGUGAUAGAGAAAGAAGGUUCGUUUUCGAUUGAUCGACUUGAGAUAAGUCCGGUUGAUUGGGAAGGUGGGAGUAUUAACGAUAAAACCUAUGACAUAUUACGCUCCAAGCCCGAAGCCCUAGCUAGUGGACGAAGAGUGGCUAAGACAAUACGAGCCGUGGUAGAGCCGAUGCUAGAACCCACAUUUCGUCAAAACGUGAUGGACGAACUUUUUGAAAGGUAUGCAAAGAUAGUGGGAGAAUACUUGUAUGUGAACUCGCCUCGAUACGCUCUUAUUAUUGUUUCGCUCCUGAGAAUGGGUUGAUCAUGUUAUAACCUAUGCUUCUUUUACAUGUCUUUGGACCUACAGUGACAUGAUUUAGUACUUUUUAAUUAAUGAAGUAUAUGUAAUGUCAUUUGCUUCAAGAAUAAAAAUAUGUGUGAUUUAAACA